AUGGCUUUCUGCACUGCCGUGCUGCAAACAGGCCGGAUCGAGCCAAACUACCCCAAAGUCUGCGGCCACCAGGGCAAUGUGCUCGACAUCAAGUGGAACCCCUUCAUUGAGAACAUCAUCGCCUCGUGCUCCGAGGACACCUCGGUGCGGAUAUGGGAAAUCCCAGAGGGGGGCCUGAAGAGGAACAUGACGGAGGCGGUGCUGGAGCUGUAUGGGCACAGCCGGCGCGUUGGCUUGGUCGAGUGGCACCCCACCACCAACAACAUCCUCUUCAGCGCCGGCUAUGACUACAAGGUCCUCAUCUGGAACUUGGACAUCGGGGAGCCCGUCAAGAUGAUCGACUGCCACACGGAUGUCAUCCUGUGCAUGUCCUUCAACACGGAUGGCAGCCUGCUGGCCACCUCUUGCAAGGACAAGAAGCUGCGGGUGGUAGAGCCGCGCUCCGGCCGGGUGCUGCAGGAAGCCAGCUGCAAGAACCACCGUGUCAACCGCGUGGUCUUCCUGGGCAGCACGAAGCGGCUGCUCACCACUGGGGUCUCGCGCUGGAACACACGGCAGAUCGCGCUCUGGGACCAGGAAGAUCUCUCCAUGCCCCUCAUUGAGGAGGAGAUCGAUGGGCUCUCGGGGCUGCUCUUCCCUUUCUACGACGCAGACACUCACAUGCUGUAUUUAGCUGGCAAGGGUGACGGCAACAUUCGGUACUAUGAGAUUGGCUCAGAGAAGCCUUACCUGAGCUACCUGAUGGAGUUUCGCUCCCCUGCCCCGCAGAAAGGACUGGGGGUGAUGCCGAAGCAUGGGCUGGAUGUGUCUGCCUGUGAGGUCUUCCGCUUCUACAAGCUGGUCACCCUGAAGGGACUCAUCGAGCCCAUCUCCAUGAUCGUGCCAAGGAGGUCGGAGACGUACCAAGAGGACAUUUACCCCAUGACCCCGGGCACGGAGCCGGCCCUCACGCCAGACGAGUGGCUGAGCGGGGUGAACAGAGACCCCAUCCUGAUGUCGCUGAAGGAGGGCUACAAGAGAACAUCCAAAAUCGUCUUCAAGGCGCCAGUGAGAGAGAAGAAGAGCGUGGUGGUGAAUGGCAUUGACCUGCUGGAGAACGUGCCGCCCCGCACCGAGAACGAGCUCCUUCGGAUGUUCUUCCGGCAGCAGGACGAGAUCCGGCGGCUGAAGGACGAGCUCUCGCAGAAAGACAUUCGGAUCCGCCAGCUACAGCUGGAGCUGAAGAAUUUACGCAACAGCCCGAAGAAUAAUUAACUUCCAGGGACGUUUUAUAAAUAAACUCUCUUUGUUUAUACUC